CUCACUCUCUAUUUGCCAUUUUCAGUUACUCCCAUUCAAACAAAGAAAGACGAAGGCUUAUCUGCUACUACACCUAAUAAAGCCCUACUUUAUUGCCAUUUUCCCCUUUAUUUCACUUCUUCUUGAUCGUCGUCUAGCUCACAACAAUGGCUCCUAGAGCAAGACACAAAAAGAGAUUAAGUAGAAUGGAUGCAGCAGUUGAUGCCAUGGCACCUCUCGGCUUUGAUGAACGCCUCGUUAAGAAAACUGUCAAUAAACUUCUCAAGUUAUAUGGAGGAGAUGAAUCGUGGAAGUUUAUAGCGGAAUACGGUUACAAUGUGCUCCUUGAAGCUCUUCUUUCCGAUCAAGACGAACAGCAACCCCAAACACAAAUGCAGGGCAUCUCCUCACUAGAUGAAAGACCAGAAGACCCUGCUCUAGAUAGCGCCAUUGGUCCUUCAGGCACUAUUGUUGAUUCCACAUGCAAUGAACAAAGCGCCAUUGGUCCUCCCUCAGGUGCUCUUGUUAUUUCUACAUGCAAUGAAGCUGGCAAUACUGUAGGAGAAACAGCAUGCUCUGAGCCUGUGAAUGCAGUAGGAGAGCCAACACAUGAAGAGCUUUGCAGCAACAAACAAGACAUUGGCAGUAGCGAAGUAUUUUGUCCCCCGCCAGCUGAAGGAGGUAGAAAUAGGUGGAAAGACAUAGGGGAGGACCAACCAUCUAUCGAGAAGGGGGUGGCUAAGGCUGCUUGUAGUGAUGGAAGAAAUUCUGUGAAUCCCGGGAGUAAGUCUCAUGUUUUUGCUACACCUCCGGCUUCUUCCCCAUGCCCAGUUAAUCAUCUCAAAAUGUGUUCUGGGAGUCGAGUGCUGCAAGUGGGAAGCAACUCUCAUGUUUUAGCUCCACCUCCAACUUCUUCCUCAUGCCCAGCUAGUAAUCUCAAAAUGUCUUCUGGGAGCCAAGUGCAAUCACGGAGAAACUCUCAUGUUUCAACUCCACCCGCAACUUCCUCAUGCACAGUUAAGAAUCUCCCUCCCCCUGCUGAUGAUUGCCCAACAACUCUUCCUUCCUCAAAGCCAGUUAGCAUUCAACUGCCAAGAAGGCGCUUUCCUUGUUAUGGCUGGAUUGAAGAUGAUGAAGAGGAUGCUGAAGACUUCAUACAACUGCAACCAAUGAAACCAACUACACCACUGCAGUCACAAAAUUCAAGUGGGGGGAUCAGAAAGCGCAUGAAACGCAAAUCAAGGUGGGAUAUUACACCCUAUGAUCUCUAGUAUAUCCUCUCUUGCUCUCUUGUCUCAGUAUGUAGACAUGCUGUAUUGGCAUAGAAGACAUUGUUGUUUGCUGGACUUUUGUUUUGAAAUUUAGUUUUCAAGUCAAGAAGCAUGGAUGAUUGUGGAAGAAGUAUUAAGACAGGUUGUUAGUCUAAGAAGGUUCUGCUUUUCUUGCUCUCAAACCUGAUUUAGGACUCCCAACUUCUAUUUUGAAUGCAAAUCUAUAAAUCAAAGAGAGCUACAUUUGUUUCCUA